AUGCCCCAUGGCUUUCAGCAGGUUCAGUUGGAACUUGUCCCAACCCAAGCCCAGCUUCUUCCAUCAGACCUUGCCCAUCCAGCCAACAAAUUCAGGAAGUCAGGGCCUUCCCUGCAGCCCUGUGAGGAUAAGCUUGUAUCCCUGAUGGAGGACAGUGACUGGCCUGUCAGCCAGUGCUCCACCUGUGACAGAGUGAGCAGUGCCCAGCAUGUACCAGGCCAGUGCAGAGGGCUGCUGGAGGGCUGUGCUGAGAGGGAGAGGAGCAGAGAUGCUGCUGAGGGUGGAGGGAGGCCAGGCUGCCAGGUCUGGGGCUCGGGGCCAGGUGGAGUGAGAAACUGGGAUUCCAGGGGGAGGGCACAGCUGAGGGGGCAACCCAGGUUAGGUAAGAACAAUUCUCUCAGUAGCCUUUUCCUACAGGUGGUUACAUUCUUGGCAAUGGUCAUGGGAACCCACAUCUACAGUCUUCGGCUCCAGAAGGACUGCAGCCACUGGCCCAGCUGCUGCUCCAGCAAAGGGCAGGACCUCUGUGAGGAGUGGCUGAAGUGGAACACUGUGCCUGUGCCUCCCUCGGAGCCUGCUAGCCUCCCCCACCACCCAGAAUCCUGCAGGGCCAGCGAAGAUGGACCCCUCAACAGCAGGGCCAUCUCCCCCUGGAGAUAUGAGUUGGACAGAGACUUGAACCGGCUCCCCCAGGACCUGUACCACGCCCGCUGCCUGUGCCCACACUGCGUCAGCCUACAGACAGGCUCCCACAUGGACCCCCAGGGCAACUCAGAGCUGCUCUACCACAACCAGACUGUCUUCUACCGGCGGCCGUGCCGUGGCGAGCAGGGCACCCACAAGGGCUACUGCCUGGAGCGCAGGCUGUACCGUGUUUCCUUGGCUUGUGUGUGUGUGCGGCCCCGUGUGAUGGCCUAGCCGGACUGGUUGGAGGCUAGUCCCUUUUUGGGAAAACUGGAGCCAGGUGUACAACCACUUGCCACAAAGGGCCAGGACACACAGAUACUUGGCCCCUGCAAAGGGCCAUCUGGAGCAGAAGGAUCCUGGGACAGGAUGGGGGACUUUGGGGGAAACCUGCACUUUUGCACGUUUUGAAAAGAGCAGCUGCUGCUUAGGGCCGCUGGAAGCUGGUGUCCUGGCAUUUUCUCUCAGGAAAGAUUUUGAUAGUUCUGCCCAUUUCUGGAGGUCACCACUUCUGUCUCUUCCUCUCUUCCCAUCUCCUGCUACCCUGGCCCAGCACAGGCACUUUCUGGAUAUUUUCCCCUUGCUGGAGGAGAGCUCCUCGUUUUAUUUGCUGGUUUGUUUACCCAUCACUCAGUGAGCAUCUAUUUUGGGUGCAUUCUGGUAUACUUACUAGUCUUUUGACAUGGAUGAUUCUGAGGAGGAAGCUGUUAUUGAAUGUAGAGAUUUAUCCAAAUAAAUAUCUAUAUUU